AUGAUUGAUACAGCUGUGAAAUUUUAUCAGGAUCUAUAUGACAUUAAAACAAUCGAUACAAGUAUAUGGAAUGAAUUAUUCACAGAUCUUCCAUCGUUAAAUCCAACAGAUAGAGAGUACCUCGAACAUGAUAUUAGUUAUGAAGAAUGUUAUAAUGUCUUGAAAAUUAUGCCAUUAGGUCGUGUUCCUGGUGAAGAUGGAAUAACAGUCGAGGUACGGAGAUAUUUAUUUCCAGUUAUAGAUGAAUAUUAUGUUCAAAUGAUUAAUUUAGCAAAAUCUAAUGGUCAAUUUCAUGAUGGUUUUCUUAAUGCUAUGCUCACUUUGUUAAAAAUGGAGGGGAAUUAUAAUGGUUCAAUGAAAGGUUUUAGGCCUCUACCAUUAAUGAAUAUAGAUUAUAAAAUUUUAUCCAAAGUAUUAAGUGUGCGUUUAAAACAAGUUUUGAACCAUCUCAUAUACUAUGAUCAAUCAUGUGGUAUUCCUGGACGUACGAUUCAUGAUAAUAUUCACCUUAUUCGAUCAAUUAUUGAUUGUCAUUCUCGUAGGCGUGAUCCCAUUGGUAUUAUUCAAUGGAAUCAAGAGAAAGCAUUUGAUAGAGUCAAUCAUAAUUAUCUCUUCGAAACACUCAAACAAUUUGAAUUUGGUAAAAACUUCAUAGAUUGGAUUAAAUUAUUAUACACCAAUACCACCUUCAAAAUCAAAAUUAAUAAUUGUCUUAGUAACAAAAUUUUAUUUCGAUCUGGAAUCCGCCAAGGAUGUUCAUUAGCUGGAGGUCUUUAUGUAAUUUGUUUGGAACCAUUAUUACAUAAUAUAAGAAAAAAUGCUCGUAUACCUGGUGUUUUACCUCCAAGAAGUGAAUUUCGACCAGUUAUGAGAUCGAUUUUCAAUGAAGAUCAUGCUCAUGUUACUAUCAAAUUAUCAGCUUAUGCAGAUGACGUGUGUACUAUUGUUUUGAAUGAGAAUGACGAACGUGAAACACAAGCAAUGUUUGACUUGUACAACAAGGUAUCUGGUGGUAAAACGAACAAGGAUAAAACAUCAAUUUUUUGGAUUAGUGACUGGCUUAACCCGCCUUCUUUCCAAUCCAAAGUUGAACGUGAAUAUUGUACCUUCUUAGGUGUCCCGAUUGAUACGAAAGGUAAAAUGCCAGCAGGUGAAUUAACCAAAAUUAUCUCAAAUCACGUUGGUAUCCAAUUACGUACAUUUGCACCAUGGAUUUGGACGAAUUUAGUGCCUCAUUUUAAUCAUGAUGAUAAUUUCUUUGGUGAUGUUGCAUGUCACACUGCGAAAUGGAUUAAUAAAACUGGUGCAUUAACAAUUGAUGAUACUAUACGGCAUUUUAAUGCUGAUCAUUUUUAUGAUUUACUUAAUGAUGUUAAUAUCAAUGCAGCACCAACAAUUCUCUUUUAUCAUCAAACAAAAAUUAUUUAUCAUAUUGAUGGUUUUAAUCAAAAUGUUUUAUUAAGAAAAAUUAAAUUACAAAUAUAUACAAUUAGUGUUGUACAAGCAACAGAAAAAAAAUCUGAUGAUAGUUCAACACCAAAUCAUGUUAAAAUAAAAUAA